UUACCAGUUAGUAACCACAUCCCUUAAUGACAUUUCCCCUUUAUACUGGUAGUUGCUAUGGUAACAGACAAAAAAACCUCCUCAGAUACCAACACAUACACAACUCAGCAUAUAUUCAAUCCACCAGUCAGCACUUAUUUAUAUUAUUUAUGGGCCUCUCAUCACUUACACAUCACUUACGACGGAGGCUGUGCAAAAAGUUGAUCUUUAUUGAUUAUAUUGAUGCCGAAUUGACAGUCGGACAGUGGACAUAUGAGGCACUUUAUCUUGUGUUUCUAGAGUUAGGUGUCGUUAUGGACGCAUACUGCAGUGUUAAAAUGACAUGUUUCUUAAAGGGAGUUUGGCGCAAUAUAUUCCCUGAGAGUACAGAACACAAUGAAAAACUUUGUUUAGAGGAAGUGAGAAUGCACUGAAAUGAAAAAGGCGUCUGGUGGUUUGAAACAGAAAGUGAACUAAGUGACUGAAGCAAUACACAGGGGACCACAAACUACCACUACCUCUAUUGUUUUAGUUUUCUCACAGAAAACAACAACAGCAGUAGAUCUGAAAGAUGAUGAUUGACCAGCUCCAGGUGUAUUGAACUAGUUAGCAGCAAGACGAGAGUGCACAGCUGGAAACAACCAACUGGAGAGAACACAGGGGAGACAGAUUUGAAUGUGUCAUUUUAAGUAGUCCCCAAUCAAAACAAUACCAAUUAAGUCAGCUGGGAUUGGUGAUGGGUUGUUCAGGCUGGGGAGGAGCAGAGCUUGGAUACGGGAGGGAAAUAACAGAGAGAGGAAACAGGCAGGGAGACGGAAAACAAAAGAAACCUGUAGUACAGGUAGAGCAAGUGCGUACCAUUUACAGUAAAUGUUUGCACAGCUGCCUACGCAGGUUUUGUACCAUCUUUCGACUGAUCAGUGACUCAACAGGAGAAACUGAAGAGAUGAGCUCACACCAGCCAGUUAAAGUAGUCGGACAGGACGUCAUCCUGCCACAGAAGACCCUCACUCAAUGUGUGAACUCUGGAGACUCUUUACAACCCUGUGCACAGACGGGAUGAUCCCAAUAUUCAGGAUAUUACAGGAAGUCUCUUUCAGGAUUAAAUGAGCAAUGGAAACCUUUCACCGAAAAAGGAUAUUACACAUUUUUUUUCUGAACUGGAGAGCCGGAUCAUGAAAGGAUGUGGCCCCCCCGUUGUUGGUGACACACUGGAAUUAUUCAGUAGCAAUAAUACUACCUACUUGAAGUGAAGUGAUUUCAUGGAGACCUAAACUUUCCAUAGCAUCUCUUCUAUGAGAAGAGUUGUGCUGGGGACUGGCUGUAUGAAACCAGAAACGUGGUUUAAACAACAAGCCCCAAGCUGUUUUCUACAGUGAAAGUAAACAGGGGGAACAAAGUAUGGCUGCAUUAAAUUCUGUUGGUGCUUUGCUUUGUUGCCUUGUUGUUUUCAAGCUGCCUUACAUCAUUAGCAGUCUCACUCAUUGGAUUUUCUUCCCCAAAAGAGUGAAGGUUGUCUGGGUAAACCACCUGUCUGUCAGCAGCCUCACCCUUUGCUCCAUCUUAACACUUCCUUAUUUACACCCUGAGGACAAUAUGAGGCCCUGAUGCAACUUUACAUUUCCAUAAAAGGUAAUGUUUUGCAGCUCAUCAUGAAGAUCAGUCAGGUUCAGAGAAAUAUCACUGCAGACAGCCUAAUGUUUUACAGCAAGUGGUCACAUGUGAGGAGCCAGUUACUAUAAGUGAUAACAAACAAGGACAUUUGACUCUGGAACAGAAAGACACCUUGUUGUUUUAAUAGAGAAACCUAACUACUAGACGACAUUUUUAAAGCAACAUUAAACUGUUUCACGAGGGGAUUUGAUGAGAUCAGUGCUGGAAGAAGUAGGAUGCUCAGAUCUUUUACUCAGGAAGAAAUCGGCUACCACUGAAAUAUUCAGUGUAAAGGGCAGAGCCUAUAGUGUCUUAUGUACUGCUAUAUUACUACUGACUGCCUACAUUAGCACAUACGCAGCAUUUUAGUGUUACAGCUGGUUUAAUACCUUAAUAUGUAAAGUAAUGCUGACAAAUAAAAAGUAGAAUAUUUUCCUCUGAAAUGUAGAGGAGUAGAGUAUACAGCAACUCGAGUACUUCAGAGUUACAGCCUACUUCAGUAAAUGUACUCUUUUUGUGAUCUAUGAUCAGGGAAGAUCUUGGAAGAUUAUUUUCGUGUUACAAACUAUAAGAUAAUCCAGUAGAAUCAGGAGUUUAACGUUUGUCUCUGUCCUUUAAGUGUUUGUGUGGCAGCUGAACAGCAGCAGGGUCCUGAUGUGACCACACACUGACACAAAUCUGAUCAGUCAACACUGUGUUUGUUUGAUACAUUCUCUCAGAUAUAUGUGGUGGAAACUAUCACAUCUUUUUGUUAAAUCACUAGGACUAGUCACUAGUUUCCCUCGCAGAAGGAACACACCCUUUGUGUCCCUGCAUAUCACGCAGGUUUUUCACAGGUACAAAGCAGACAUGAGGGAUCGACUGUCACCACACACUGUCCACCCGCAUGAAAAUGUGCCACCCACUCUCACUUAGCAGUCGGGUGUGGCAGUGUUUGGGCAGUAAGUUACAUUGUGGGUAAUUUCCCGGCUCUGUAAGACUGCCUGACGAUGACAUUUUUCAUUAUCAGCCCUGUUUUUGGAGCGUCUGUCUUCAGCUGUCACUAUCAAUUAAAGGCAAUAUAAAAGGCAACAAAAAAAAUAAAUGAUGAAAAAAAUUACAACAAUGUGAUAAGAUCAUUCAUUCAGGGCGGCUGUGGCUCAGAGUUAGAGCUACAAUGUGUGUGUACAGCGCGUUGAUGGUGGGGAAACUAGAAAGGCGUUAUAAAUGCGUUUUAUGUGUAUAAAAAUGUGUUUUGUUCUUGUUGUGUUGUGUUGGGAGAAGAGCCCUAAUCGACAAAGUGAAUGCAUGCUUCUCUCAAUUAUUCAAUAAAAUGACUCUGUAAUUAAAAAUGUGCAACAUAAAUAACUUAAGAAAUAUAAAACCUAAUUUAAAAAAACAACAAACUUAAAUAUAUUUAGGUAAGAACAGAACAGGUCUGUAUACAGCCACGAUUUAAAGAGUCGUUUUGUGUGAAUCAUGUCGGCCCUAGGAACACGGGAGCAGUUGAAAUACUAUUUUUCGCCUAUUAUUAUUAAUUAAUUAAUUAUUAUAAACUGUGACCAAUUUUCUUUACUCCCAUUAAAACUUCCUUUUAAAGAUUAACCCAAAAUGUGCAAUAAACUUUCCCUCUAUCGGGAAGAAUGGAGCAAUAAAAACACACACCAUGAAUUUAAGAAAAGCAAUAAUAGUAUAUUAUAACUGUUUUAUAACUCACAGUGCAGUUAUACAUCAUCUGACAUACUGUUAUUUAUUUAAAAAUGGUUAUCAAAAUGAAAUCCUGGACCAUUUCAGAGUUGCUCUAACGGACAAUAACUCUAUAAAUGUCUUUUUGAACCUGUGAUAAUGCGGUUGUCGGACAUUAUUAAUGAAUUGUCCGUUAUUAUUAAUUUUUUGCCCACGAAACUUUGCACAAAACUAAAACAAGGCGGAACUCGAUGUAUCCAUUUGUACCCGUCUACAGAGGCCGCCAAACAGUAUCAUGCUCAGAAAAGCAAAAAAGCCUCUAGAAAGAGAAAGAAAGAAAGAAAGAAAGAAAGAAAGAAAGAAAGAAAGAAAGAAAGAAAAGUCUUGUUCACUUAGUUGGUUUCUCACUGUUAUGGCAGAUAUAUGGCUAUAUUCAAUUAUCAAACCUGUUUGCUUUUGACCUUGGACGCACCGACGACGCACAUAAGUCAUCCACACACAGUGGACAUUGUUUAGCUGCUACAUCCUCAGAAUACGCCCACAACAGGGGCGUGACAGCACAGAGCUUGAAAAACACACACACACAGGCAGAGACCAGCAGUCACGCUUCAAGAGAGCUUUGUUAACAGACAGUCAGAGCUCAUGAUGUCACGGCUCUCACUCCUGUUCGCAUUCCUCUUCUACCCUGUGGGCUUUGGAGAACCUGUGCAUGUGAUUCUGGGAGACCCGGUGUCAUUCCCAGUAAUCGGGAACUGUCUGAAUGAGCCGGUAGACAGACUUUACCGGGUCACAGAGCACAGCAACCGGCCGGUGGCUGCUCGUGAGGACGGUGUCUGCAAACCGGCCGAGGACUACAAGGACAGGGUGGAUGUGAACUCCUGCUUCGCCUUCAGUCGCUCAGUUUACACAGAUACUGGACUUUAUGAGCUCACCUGCGGCAGCCGGGAUCAAAGAGUCCAGCUGAAUGUUGUUGUGGGCUCUGAAGCAUCUGCCACUGAGGGACAACCGGUCCAACUACCGUGCUACUUCAGUCCUGCAGGGGGACAUGUGGACUCUAUACGGUGGGAAAGAAACGGACACACUGUGCUGGAGCGCAAUCUGGCCACUGGAAAGACCAAAUACGGGACCGGGUUUGAGAGAAGAGUGUCUCUGCCGGCUGAUGGCCACAAACACGGAGACUGGUCUCUGAUGUGGGAUCAGGUCCGGCUGGAGGAUGGAGGGGAUUUCUUUUGCUCUGCGCACAGGGGGGACGUGAGAGAGGGGUGGGGAGACCCUGCUGCUGUGAGGAUGAAGGUCACCAAGAGAAACCCGGAUCAGACGACCCCUCACCCACCGCACACUCCCACACAGUGCGCUACUGAGAAGGAAGGGUGCGGGAUGGGAACCUGGAUUGCAGUCGGUUUGGCAGCUAUAAUAAUAAUAAUUAUAAUUGAAAUUAUGUUUAUAAUAAUAAUUGUUACUAUUAUUAUAAUCAUAAUAUUAAUAAUAAUUAUUAUUAUCAUUAGGAUAAUAAUAAUAUUGGUAAUAAUAAUCUUAAUUAUAAUUAUUAUUAUUGCUGCUUUCCCGCUGCUCCAGAGUCUCAUCUGGACCCAGAGGAGGACGUCGACUAACCUCUGAACAGUGAGAAUCCUCCUCAAGACGCAAACAUGACACAUGCUGCUGUUAUUGUACAAGUUUGUUGUUAAUGCUGGUGGUUGCAGACCUGUCAAUAAAGUGGUUAUUUAAAAUGUGUU